UGCAAACGUGGCAAAUUUCUAUUUUUGCUUUUUUCUUCAAAAUCGUUUUCUUUUUUCGUUUGUUCCCGUUCAGUAAAAUACCUUGAAUUGGUGAGAAAAAAAAUCUCCAUAUUCAACGCAAAAAACCAUGUUAAAAAGCAGCCGGAACAUCACCUUCGAUGAUCGAUCACUUGUUGAAAUGAGUCAAUUGAAUAUUUCCAGUGUUGCGGCUCAAUCAAAAGAAAGCGAUGAUAUUUUGGUCCGGCCAGAAGAAAGCAAAAACUUAUCCGUCCAACAAGAAAGCAAAAUUGUCUCCGUUCAACUAAGAAAAACAAAUUAUAGCCCAACCAAUUCACGAGUGACCAAUGUCUCAACACAGCUAAGAGGAAUGAACUGCCAAAUGAAUUUGUUGGAUUUGAAUGAUGACUGCUUGGAGCGUAUCAUCAAAUAUUUACGGUACAAAGACUUGGUCCUGUUUGCUCGGUCCAGUCGUCGUGCAAAAACCAUUGCAAAAAGACACAUUCAUCGAAUGUUUGAUCGGAAUUUAUUUCGUCCGCUGGAAAGAAUCGAACAAGACUUGCAGUUCAUAAUAAGAAAUCUUCGCAGAUAGAACACUACAGUCUUGCACCACCAAUUCAACUGAUGGAAACCGAAGCAAAAUCACCAUGGCUUUGGGUUCUAUCAGUCAAAUAUGUUUAUUUGCCACCAUCUCAACGUAAUUUUAGUAUUCUUUUUGAAGUGAUAGCAUUUUUAUGAACCAACAUUGCAUAUUUUUAAGUCGCAUCAGGAUAAAAUAGUGAACUUUUUUUUAUUAGGUAAACAUUGGAGUUUUAGGUUUAAUAAAAAAAAUCGAUUUUUUAUGAAUGAAUUUAAUUUUUCAGUGAUUUUGAAUUGAAACUCGAUUUUUUUAGUGUGAAAAAUUGCAUUUUUUAGUGAGGAAAUCGCAUUAUUUUCAAGAAAAUUUAAUUUUUUUUUCAUGUGAACAUUGAUUCAUCCAAAAUUUGAUGUUUUGUAGCAAUAUUUCGUUUGAAGAUACUCUGAUUGUGAUUCACAUUUGAAUUGCUGUGAUAUUUUUUUCAAUGUAAGCUAAAGUUGUUUUUUUUUCUACGAAGCUUGAAGCUUCAUUUAGGUGUUUUUUAAUAAACUUGAAAAAUAAAUGGAAAAGAACACAUAGAACAGCGUCCAAAUUCCAUGCUCCAUUCAAAUGCAGACUGCAUUAUGCAGUCGAAAAAGUGAAAACUGAAUCAAAAAUCCUUUAAAAAGAAAACAAUUUAUUGAGAAAAUAAUUUAAUUUAAUUUAAUUCCUAUGGAAAAAGGUCAAUAUAUCGUAUCGUUCGUUCAAUAUUCAAUUCAAAAGUAUGUACCCAUCACUGAAUGUGUGUCGCCAUCUAUCGUUGUGUUCGAAUCCUAUACGAAACAAGCCGCAUUCGAAAUGAAUGACUUUGCGAUUGUCGCCAUGUUACUGUGACGUCACAUUAUUGAGAAAACAAAAGAAUUGUGUUCAACACAUGCACACAGCAUCGACCGAAAUGACAGAGACAGCACACUUACGUUACUGUAUACGACAGAGCCAACUGUAUUGUGUGCGUUUACAGUACGAAAGAAGUGGAACAGUCACGUAUACAUGCAAAACUCAAGAGGAACUCGUUUCACUGUGGUUACUGUACAACGAGCGGGUGAGCUGACGAAUAGAUCACGCAAAAUAUUCAAAGAGUCAUUACAUCGUAGAGUAAAGAAAAAAAAACUAUUUCUUCUUUUCACAUUGUCGCCAUCACAUUCUUUAUUUUUCAUUUCCAAAAGUGCAAACUCUAGUUUUACGCUGCAUGUUUCGUUUGUGAAAGGAAACAAAAAAACUCUCAUCGAUUGAUUUAUUUUGAGUUUCCAAUCGAAACCAAAUUUUCUUUGGUGAUUUAGUGUGUGAGCAGAAUAAAAAAAAAAAACACACAAAGCCUCACAAAGUGCAAGUAGAGUGAUGUGACGAAUUUUGUUUUUUUUUUGAAAAUUACGUAGAGACCAGGAACAGAAAAAAAAAUGUGUAAAACAAAUUCGAAGCCAAUAUUUUCGUACUGAUUUUAUUUGACAGUAGAUAAAGUGAUAUUUUUUUGUCUGUCGUUUUGUGAGGAAAAACGUGUGCACAAAUAAGCCAACAACAAAUUUUUUUUUCUUCAGUUCGGUAAUUUUUGUCGUGGAAAUAUUUCGUGAAAUUUAGUGAUUUUCUUGUUUCUUCGUUUCGAAUUGUUCGAUUUAUUAGAAAUAUCGGUUCUAUUGCUGUUGCAUUUGUUGCGUGUGUGUGUGUGCGUGUGUGUUCAUGAUUCGAUUUUGUGCGGCCAAGUACAAAAUGAAUAUGGUAACACGUAGCACAAGUCUAUGUGCAAUUGCUUCGAUUUGAAUAGAUUCAUGUACAUUGUACAUACUGUACAGAGAGGAUAGAGGGAGACAGAAAAACACAAAAAAAAACACAUCGUUCGAUUGAUUGAUAUAUGUGAAGCGUGAAAUAAAUAAAGAAAUUCCAACGUGAGUGCAACUUGGUUCAUUUUAUCGACGACACAAAACAACAUUUUUUUUUUUAUCCCAUUCACAGCACGUUCGUAGCAAAAAAACCAAAUUUACGAAUACAAAAUCGUCCGAAAAACGAAACAAAAAAUAUUUUGACAUUUCGAUUCAAUUAAAAUUGAUUGCACAGAAAAAAACUAAUCGGAAAAAUUAAUAGUUCAACGAUCGAUUUCAUGAGGUGUUGAAAAUUAAGGUCGAAUUACACAUAGCUUCGAACAAAAUACGCACGACGACCGAGUGUAAAAGAGAGAAACGAAAAAUUGAAACGGUUUUGUUGAAUUAAUAAAACAAAAUCAGCGAGCAUCGCGAGUUCAUCUGCAGAGAAUACGCCACUAGCAUCAUAUAUCAACGGUACGCAUUGCGUGCACAUCGUGGAGCACACAUUGAAUCGCGCAUCAAGAAGAGAGGCGCACAAGAACCGAGAUAGGACAUAGAUACAACGGGUGGCCGUAAUCGACAAAAACACAACAAAAUUCAAGCAUCAAACAUGAUGAAAAUGGAGACUGAUAAAAUAGUUGAUGAAUCCAAUACAAAUUCAUCGGCACAGUUCACAUCACUAUAUGAACCGGGACGCGUGAAAAAGGAGCCAUCGCCAAUGUUUCAAACGGAGCGCGAUUCAUGCUUAGAAUUCUUCAACAAUUGGAAUGAAUCGGAUCAGGUGGAUUUCGUUGAACAGCUAUUAGCUCGAAUGUGUCACUAUCAACAUGGUCACAUAAAUGCAUACCUGAAACCAAUGCUACAAAGAGACUUUAUCUCAUUGCUGCCGAAAAAAGGAUUGGAUCACAUUGCGGAAAGUAUUCUCUCCUAUUUGGAUGCGGAUUCGUUAAAAGCGGCCGAAUUAGUGUGUAAAGAAUGGUUGCGUGUGAUUUCCGAGGGAAUGCUAUGGAAAAAAUUGAUUGAACGAAAAGUGCGAACCGAUUUACUGUGGCGAGGUUUAUCCGAGCGUCGCGAAUGGAUUCAAUAUUUAUUUAAACCACGGCCCGGCACAACACAUCCGCCACAUUCAUUCUAUCGAUCGCUUUAUCCGAAAAUCAUGAACGAUAUCGAAAGCAUAGAAAACAACUGGCGCAACGGUCAACACAUGCUUAAACGAAUCAAUUGCCGCUCAGAAAACUCAAAAGGUGUCUAUUGCUUGCAAUAUGACGAGAAUAAAAUUGUGUCCGGCCUACGGGAUAACACAAUCAAAAUUUGGGAUCGUAGCGAUUUGAAAUGCAUAAAAACAUUGACCGGACACACGGGCUCCGUGCUUUGUUUGCAGUAUGAUGAUAAGGUUAUUAUUAGUGGCUCAAGCGAUUCAACCGUACGCGUAUGGGAUGUGAUCACCGGUGACAUGGUCAACACAUUAAUCCACCAUUGCGAGGCUGUGCUGCAUUUACGCUUCAACAACGGCAUGAUGGUCACUUGUUCAAAGGAUCGCUCAAUCGCUGUGUGGGACAUGACAUCGCCAAAUGAAAUCACAUUGCGACGAGUGUUGGUUGGCCAUCGAGCCGCGGUCAAUGUCGUUGACUUCGAUGAAAAGUACAUUGUCUCGGCAUCGGGUGAUCGAACAAUCAAAGUCUGGAAUACAUCGAACUGCGAAUUUGUUCGCACAUUGAACGGCCACAAAAGAGGCAUCGCCUGUCUACAGUACCGUGAUCGCUUGGUUGUUAGCGGCAGCUCAGAUAAUUCAAUUCGCCUGUGGGACAUUGAAUGUGGUGCGUGUUUGCGUGUGCUCGAAGGCCACGAAGAGCUCGUCCGAUGCAUUCGAUUCGAUUCAAAGCGUAUUGUGAGUGGAGCAUAUGAUGGCAAAAUCAAAGUUUGGGAUCUCGUUGCGGCUUUAGAUCCACGUGCUCCAGCCAGCGCUUUGUGUUUGAAAACGUUAGAGGAACAUACCGGACGAGUGUUUCGUUUACAAUUUGAUGAAUUUCAAAUUGUGAGCAGUUCACAUGACGACACCAUUCUGAUAUGGGACUUUUUGAACUACACACCACCUGAACGUGCGGUCGAAGCUAGACGAUCGCCAUCACCUGCUCUAAUGGAGCACUAACGGCGACAACCGUAUCUAAUUUCUAAGUAAUCCAAUGAAGAAAAAAAAAUCAACGAUCUACUCGAUUUAUGGACGAUCCUCAAUCUGAUUUAUUUGCCCAAGUUAAAGUGAUGAUUGAAAUGGUAUUUCUGGUUCCGUACAAAGAAAUUACAACGCAAAUAGUGAAUUGCAACCAAUAAACCAACAAGCCCAAUCGAUUGGAAGAGCCAACCAAAACUAUCUAUAGCCGGAACUUAAACACAUUCGCUGCAGCCAUCAGCACCACGAAUAAAUUUAAACGAAAAUAGCAAAUAGGAACAAUUAAGCAGAGAAAAAAAGAAACUUCAAAAAGAAAAAAAAAAUCGUCAAAUAAAAACGCAAAAAUUUACUUCAAUAUAACUGAUAAAAAAAAAUCACAGAUUCCUUCUGUGUUUAAAGAUUGAAAAGAAAAAAAAAACAAUCAACCAUUCAAUAACUUAUAAAACUCGAGCACACGUAAUCCUACGUGCUAGCGAUUUGUAUUUAAAAUUGUAAUCGUGUUUUUUUUUAUUCGUUCAAACUAUUCCUCUCGACAGUUUCAAUCGUCAUUUUUGUCAUAUAAUAUUAAAUAUCCGAAUAUUUAGUCCGAUAUUUUAUGAAAAGAUGUAUUCACCUGGAAUACCAUUUGAUUAAUGGGUUCGGUGUAUCUCAUAACAUCAUCGCCAUUACUGAACCCAAAACCGAAUCCAUCAACGACACGAGCAUAUUCCAUAUCGCUCCGACCAAAACAAAAACAAAAAAUAUUCCCCCGUCUUUAGCAAUAUUCAAUUUAACACACAACUCACACAUCAACUUAUAUAUCAAAUCUAACGAAAAUAGCAGCAAUAGGAAAAUUUAAAGAAAAAAAAUUAGAUUUUUAGCCAGAAAUAGAUGAAAAUCGAAUCUGAAUGAAAUACCAAAAUGGCGCAAACACUUUGGCAUUUAGGCUGUAGAUAAAAAAAAACGAGAUUGUUAGUGAAGCUGAUGGCAUUUUGCUCAUCUCCAUGACAAAUGCUAAAGAGUACAGACAAAAAAAAAUCUAUUGAAAAAAUUAAAAGAACAUUAAUGAUCUCAUGAUGCACUCAAUACACAUAACAUGCGACAGACACUUAUUCUCAGAUCUGAAAAAAAAACUCAUCUGUGAAUAUCCAGGUCGCUCAACACAGAAGCCCGAGAUCCACUCGUCCGAGGGAACAGCAUUCGAUAGAGAGCAAGAGAAACGAGAAAAAAAAUAUGUGAAGAGACCAUUUUUCUUCCAAUUUUUUCGAUUUUGUAAAUAAAAAAAAAACGAAAUGAAAACAAAUUUAUUGAUUUAAUUUUGUGUCAAUCGAGCGCGGCCCAGCGGCACGGACAUCACUUCAGUGAGCUUCAUGCGAAUGUGACCAAUUCAGUCGACGCAACCGAUCGACUUCUUUCCCUCUUUAAUUUCUUUCUUGUUGAAUGUGUAAAAUUGUGUUAAGAAAUGAUAGGAAAAAAAACGAGAGAAUAAAGAAAGCAAACCAGCAACAAAUAGCUGAAGUGACUACUAUGGAAUAUUUUAUAUAAGCAAAGAUUUAUUGUGUAAUUUUUACAUUGGAUUAUAUUACAACAAAUUGUGAAUUGGUAUUUUCAAUUGUUUUUCUCUAUUAAAUUAUUAUAUUGUCUGAUUUAUCUGACGCUCUGAUCGAAAAACAUAUUGACUUGGUUUCGUGCACCUGCAGGAAUGAAAGAGAAAAUAAUUUCACGCACGCUUCAUGGGUGGCUCAAUGGGAUACUGUCCCAUGGGCAUGCGGAAAAGUAAAACUGAAUUCAAAACAUAAAGUAACCAAAAUUUUUGUAGCUAAUCCAUUCGUGAGUUUAGCAUUGAUAUGGACAUUUUUCUCACUCAUCCUUUUUGGUACAGUCGAAAGACCACGACAAUUAGCAUUUUAGAUUAAAACGAAAAUUCUGUACACUUUUUUCGAUAGACAACCUUUUUUCGAAGUUCAUCGGAUUUGUUUUUUUUUUUGGUUGCAAAUUAGACCGUUUACAGACAAUGGGAAGUUGAACAGACAAACUGAAUGAAAAAUGUACUUUUGAUUCAGAAAUUUAUUAAAGAAAAUACAAUUCAAAUGUGAA